AUGUUUGUAAAACAUAGCAACACAUUCCAAGCAGCAUUAAUACAAGGACAAACACCCGAUGAUCUUAAACAAAACAAUUUUUCAACUUUUGUUAUUUUUCUUUAUCAAAGUAUUUCUAUUAAUGGACAAAUGUUGUCAGGCAUUUUCCAUCCCUUUUUGGGAUUCCAAUCGUUGCCAGUCGAUUUACUUUUGAGGAAUUCUAAUGUUGGGCAGCCUGGAAAAUGGAUUUUUCGUAUCGACAAUCCUUCCAAAAUUUACUCCUGUCCGUCUGGAACUUUGGGUCCCCCAAUAUGCCAACAAGAAUGCGAGCCAGGCACUUGGGGACUUGAUUGUGCUUCGCGUUGUAAUUGUUUUGGCUCUAUUCCUUGUGAUUUUGCUAGUGGAAUGUGUGCAGGGGGGUUGUGUGCUACAGGUUUUACCGGCAAAAACUGUGCUGAGGAUAUUGAUGAAUGCUCCCUUCAUUUACAUAAAUGUUCGGCAAAUGCAACUUGUUCAAACACGCCCCCAGGCUCGUAUACUUGUACAUGCGCUCCAACAUUUAUUGGAAAUGGAUUUAAUUGCACAAUGUUCGACCCUUGUAAAAAAAGAUUUAACGAACAUUGUCAUGUUUAUGCUCAUUGUGAUUCCAGCAAUGAAGAGAUACCUGAAUGUAUUUGUAAUGAAGGUUUUCAUGGCGAUGGGAGGAAAUUAUGCACUCCUAAUGCCGAAACAUCAACAACCAGUAGUACAACAACAACAACAAAACUUACAACAACAUCACAAACAUCAACUAUAAUGGAAACAUCAACAACAAAAACAUUAGAAACAACACAACAAACAACAAAAUUAAAAACAACAAAUACAAACAUUUUUGAAAAACAUUAUACUCCAACAACAACAUCAAAUGUUGUAGAAAGAGUUGGCAACAAUCAAGAAAGGGGGAAAAUAUUUAAAGAAGAAAAAAGCGGUAUGACCGAUAAGGAAUUGCUAGCAGCGGCAAAUGAAUCGGGGACUCUAAUCCUCGUCGUCUGUUCAAUUCUCGGCUCAACAUGGCUUAUUAUAGCUAUUGUAUUUUCAUUAAUUUAUUGUUUUAAAAGGCAACGUUUACGGCAAGUUGAAUAUAAUGGGGGACCUCAAAUGCUGGGAUGGACGCCUAAAAGAGGAAUAAUAAAUAAUAAUACUUUAUCAACAUGUAAUAGAGGAAUUAAUAGAUUAAAUAGAUAUAAUAAUAAUAAUUUUGCUAUUACUAAAUUUGGAUAA